AGAUCCUAUUUCCAGGCUCACAUUUUGAUCUGAAGUUGGUUUCAAGCUCAUGCCACCAUGCCUGCUGAUUACAAUGGGACGUGGGAAAUGGAAACCAAUGAAAACUUUGAAGGCUACAUGGUUGCUUUAGAUAUAGAUUUUGCAACUCGUAAGAUUGCAAAACACUUGAAACAAACAAAGGAGAUCAUUCAAAAUGGAGAUACUUUUAAAACAAAUACACUCAGUACUUUCAGAAACUAUGCACUGGAAUACACUGUGGGAGUGGAGUUUGAAGAACAUACCAAAGGACUGGAUAACCGAGUGGUAAAGACAGUGGUGACCUGGGAUGGUGAUAAACUGGUAUGUGUACAGAAAGGUGACAAGAAAAACAGGGGCUGGAAGCACUGGAUUGAAGGAGACAUACUCCAUCUGGAACUGACAUGUGAAGACCAGGUGUGCCAUCAGACAUUUAAGAAGAAAAAGUAAAAUUGGCCAGAAAACUACCCUGAUCUUCAUCACACUAUUAUGCUAUGUUUUGUCUAAAAAGAAGAACCAAGCCAGCACUGCAAUUCUUUGAAACUGCUAUGUCAAUGUAUUUUAUGCCUGCUUAUGAAAACAAACACCUUCUACAGAAAUAACAUCAAACAGCUACACACAAUAAA